ACACACACACGAGCACACACACACACACACACACACGAGCACACACACACGAGCACACUCAAAGAGCAACCCCCCUCUUCAACGCACACCAUGUUGUCGACAUCGCUGGCCUUGCUGCGACGCGCAGCGCUGGCGCGCAUGCCAGCUGUGUCGAACGCAAGGACGUCCGUGUUGCUGUCAUCGCGAUGUGUGGCCCGCUUCCCUGCAUCCACUUCAGCCACAGGUGGUUCAUCCAGGCUGUUUCUGUCAACUGCCCACACCCACAGCUGUGACGACACCAACAGCACCAGCAGCAGCGGCAGCAACGCCGGGCCAGCCGCCUUUGCCACCUCACACACAGCCGCAGCAAAUGCGACUGCACUGGCGAUAGCCCACAUGUCUGCUGGAGACCUGUCCCGGCUGCCACUGCCUGCGUCGCCGUCAAUGGUGCAGCUGCAGCAAGCCCGCCUGUACAGCUCAAGCACGCGCACCAGCAGCACCAGCACCUCCAAACAGCACCUCUCUGCGUCCCCGGCAGCGUCCGCUGGCCAAGCGCCACAGAAGCAGGAGGCCGAGGAGGACGAGGAAGAGCGCGACCGCAAGGCAAUGCAGGGCCUCACCUCCAUGCAGAAGUUCCGCUACAUGCUCAGGAGGUAUGGCAAGUUUGCGGCCGUGUACUACUUCCUCCUCGGGACCGCCGACCUCAGCCUCUACUACACAGCCAUCAGCAUGGGCGUGGACGUGCAGCCGUUCCUGGACUCCAUCUUCUCUUAUUUUGGCGGUAGCCCAGACUGGGUCUCCCCGAAGUACGGCAACCUCAUUGCAGCGUACAGCGUGCACAAGGUCAUGACCGUACCGCGCGUCCUCGUCGUCGUCAGCACCACCCCGUCCAUCAUUAAGCGAAUCAAGAUCAGGUACCCCAACUUUUACAACAAGUUCCUCAGAUGAACGCCCCCUGCGUCGCCGUCGUGCGGAGGGUGGUGUUGCUCGACUGCCCACAGCAGCAAGUUGGUGAGGUGGUGAGUUGGUGACAAAACAUUCGUUCAGGAAGAGUGUAUGUGAGUCAGCAGGAGAGACAGAGACAGAAGAAAGAAGCAGAAAACAGAGAGGUUGUGUAUGCGUGUGUGUGUGUAUGCGUGUGUUGUGUGUGAUGACACUUCGGUUUUGAUGGCCAGACGGUUGUUCGCGUGCCAUCACGCGUAGGUCCCCUGCUUAUGUGUUCAGUUGCUUGCUUUCGUGUGUACAAUCGAUGCGUGCGUGCGUGCGUGAGUGCGUGUGUGUAACAGGGCGAAACGUCCAUGUGUGCUGUUCUUCGUCGCCUCUGGCCCCUUUUGCUUGUGCGGUGAAUUGCUCUGGCGACAUGUAAUAAAUACCACACAACCACGGUGGUACGUAUGUCAAG